GAUACUGGAAGUGUAGUCAAUGAGUCAAAUCCACCAGGACACAAGGAAGAAGUGAAGACAGCUCUGUGCACCUCAGAUGAAAAGGAAGGACGAGUGACAAUGGAGGAUUUCAAGCGGACGUACUUGCGUCUGUGUAAAGAGGGAGGUGUGGAGCCCCAGGAGAGUAUUGUAGUCCAGCUGCAGGAGAGCAGGGCUGCUCAGGGCUCCAGACUGGACCUGAGUGGACAGAGCCUGUCUGCAGAUACCUGCUCAGUGCUAGCCAGGGCCUUCCAGAGAGACACUGUCUUUACAGAAGUGUCACUCAGCGACUGCAUGCUCAGCGAGGAAGGUGCCAAAGUUCUCCUGACUGGACUGUUUGACAACACAACAGUGAAAGUUCUGGAUCUGAAGGGAAAUAACCUGAGAUCAACAGGAGCUGAGGUGUUGGGAAAGUUGUUGGCUAGGAACAAGACUCUGCGUAGGCUGGUGUUGGAGUGGAAUGCGUUGGGAGUGUGGGAUGAAGCCUUCUCUCUCUUUUGUGAUGGUUUGGCCUCCAACAGCACGCUGACACAUCUGGACCUGCGCAACAAUCAGAUCAACCACCACGGAGCAUCUGAGCUCGCUCUGGCUCUCAAACACAACAGCAACCUGGAAGUGCUAGACCUGAGGUGGAACAAUAUUGGUCUGCUGGGUGGCAGGUCUCUGCUGGAGGCUCUGCACAAGAACAAGAACAUAGUACAGCUGGAGAUGGCAGGGAACAACAUACCCAGUGAUAUACUCAAAGCACUUGAGCAGACCACAGGGCACAACUCAGACAGACAGUCCACCCUGAGAGACAGCCACAGCAGGACCCAGGUCCUCAACAAGGAGAUUCAGAUUCUGAAAGAGGAGAAGGGAAAGCAGUUCCUAGGCCUGAUGGAGACCAUAGACAGGCAGAGGGAUGAGAUGGGACGCUCUAACAGAUCCACUUCCAUUCAGAUUGGUCAACUCCAGGAAGCUCUGAAUGAGAGGAAGUCAGCUGUCAACUCACUUACUGCCAAGUUACAGAUGACAGAGGCUGCCCUCACUCUCUCUGAGCAGAAAAACCACAACAUGGGAGAGUUGCUGACACGUUUGAAGGCUGAGAAAGAAGAACGGCGUGCACAGCAGAGCCGAGAGAGGAAAAAAGAGCAAGAGGACAGUGUGCUCAGAGAGGGCAGGCUCCUCAGAGAGACCCAAAACCUGACUGAGACCAACCUCCAACUCAGGAAUAAGGUGGAGGAGAUGGAGCGCAGGUGUAAGUCUCAGCAGCAGCAGAUCUUUGAGCUGAAGCAGGAACUAACCAACAGCACAGCAGAGUUCAAGUUGCGACUAGCACAGGCAGAAGAUCGUCUGGAAAUAGAGAAGCGAAGGUCCAAGCAAACCCUAGAGGACAUGGAUCACCUGCGACAGAAAGAGGUGGAGCAUAUGAAUCGACAUCAAGAGGAGAGUGAGAGAGCCAUGCAGGAGCGCAUCUUUAAACUGGAGGGACAGCGAAUACAACUGGAGGAGGAGGUCAGUAAAGCUAAGGCAGCGUGUGUGACAGAGAGAGCUCAGGCUGAAGAGGAACUGGGAAGAGUUCGUGCUCAAGUGCGGCUUGAAGAGCAGGAACAUGUGUCAUCCCUGGAGGAGAAGCUACGGUCUGUGCGCUCCUCACUGCAGGAGGUGAAGCAUCACUGUUCCCAGCAGAAACAGACCAUCUCUGAGCUGCAUGCCAAGAACAGCCAGCAGAGCAUUGAGAUGGACGGAUUGCGCCGCAGGAUAGAGGAGCUCCAGCAGGAGUUGUCGAGUAAGGACCAGGAGAAGGUGGCAGAGGUGAGCAGGGUGAGAGUGGAACUGCAGGAGCAGAUCGGACACUUACAGGCAGAGAGAACGGCACAAGGAGGACUGAAGGAGAAGAUCAAUGCCCUGGAGAGAGAGAUUAAAGUACUGAGCAGUAACCACAGGGAGGCGCUGCUUGACAAAGAGAGCGAGAUGUCCUCUCUGCUGGAGAAGCUGCGGCUGAGAGAGGCAGAGAUCCAGAGGAUGAGGGAGGACGAGGCCCAGAGAGCCAGCUACCUGCAGAGCGCCAUCCUCACCUACGUUCAGGGCUCUCCUCUGGGACACUACAGCAGCCCCAAAAAAUGAUCCACACACACCUCCACCCCUCACUGGGUCCUGCAGGUCAGAGGAGUCUGAAAACCUGCAGGAUAGAACAAAUAUCAUGUUUUUUUUAAGACUUGAAGCACAAUCAGGAUUAUUCCAGUAAGAAGGGGUUAAGGUUAGAUCAUUGGUGCUGGGAGUCAUGACUGCUCCUCAACAGGACUGGUUCACUUUGAACUGUGGUCUGGUUUUACUGCUGGGACUCUACCUCCCACACACACACACACACUGACUAAAUACAAACCUCACCACUUUUUUGAGUCCUAACACAUGUGCUCAACUUAGUACUAUCAGCUGCAGCACACUGGACAGCUUCAAAGUCUGCCUAAAAAUGUCUCAGAGUUGAUUGCUAUGUUUAAUCAAUCUACUGCAGUUUGUAGGUUUGUUAACUGGUCUGUCAGUCUGUCCAUCUAAUCAUUCAUUCCUACAAUGUACCAGCCACAUAUCCAUGACAUUUACUGUGGAUAUGAAUGCUAUACACCAGAUAUGUUAUGAUCUAACAGGCAGGUUGUCAUUAGAUUAGAGUACAUUCAAGCUCCUGAGGGAAUGAAUAGCACCACCAUCAGAGCAAAAUGUACAUUUCUAGCUCAACUACUAACUUCAAUGAAUAGCUAAAUGAUCAAUAUGUUGGUUAUUCACUUCAUCAUUUGCAUAUUAUAGAGUGUAAUGAACACUUUAGCCACAGGGCUUGCCAGCAGUGCAUUAGACAUUGAUGUUUUUAUUCACUUUUUUCUUGCUGGAUGAGAUUAUUAUCAGUUUCCAAAUAGCAUUUUUUCAUUUGCAAAAACACUGUCAGCUCUAUUGUUAAGCUCCUAAAAUGAUCUUAAAGUGCCAGAGGUGCUAAUAACAGCUGACACCACUUUGUUACUGCAUCUUGAUUAUAGUCUGACUUAUUUUAAGAAACAGGGAAACAUUCCUGUCUUUCUAAAAGUGAGAUGAGACGAUAGAUGUCAGUCUCAUGUCUGAAGUCUGGAUUCUGUGUUACACUGGUGUCAACAAAUAGUUCUAGCAAUUAACACCAACUCAUGCUACAAAAUGCUAUGUUUCUAUUUCAGUUUGAGUGUGGAUAAAACAAAUGGGAUACUACUUUAAAGGUAGGCGUAUUUGUGAAUUUUUGGACAGAGCCGAGCUAGUUGUUUCCCUCAGUUUACAGUCUUUAAUAUGAGACUAAACCCCACAUUAAAGGGACAUUUGUCUUAAUAUUUUAUAUAUGUUUAGAUCACCAGAGUAAAUUCUUCAGCUCUCACAUUAACAGCUGUCACCAACAUGCUGUCCAGUCUCAUUCUUCUUCUUCUCCUGACUAAAUGAAUUAAAGGCAGAUUAGCAUUGUUAGCCAUUGUUAGCAUGUUUACAUACAAAAUGAGAUUCAGUUGAAAUAAGCCUUUAUACUGUAUGUUUCUCAUCAGAUGGCUGGCUCUCUGCAGCUCACACACAAAGCAGAUUCAGAAAUGUUCUCUGCUGCUUUUGCGUAGAACAUUUUUCCAAAUGAAACUAUGGAUGCAGUCUUUUCUAAGAUUUUUAUGAUGAUUGCUGUGUUAUAUCUGGAGAUUGUCUCAGAUAUGUGAUGGAUAUGUGUCAUUUUAUUUUUUUGGCAGGUGUGUUUUUACCUAUUUUUUGCUCUGUUUUUGACGACCUGUGUUUUUAUAUGAGUAAAACGUGCUAA